AUGGCCACGAGCGCUGAGAACGUGACCAGCAUGAUGCACACGUUCAGGGUGCGGAGAGAUGAUCACAGGAGAACACGGUCCGGGUGCUUCAACUGCCGCAAGAUCAAGAAGAAGUGCGAUGAGACCAGGCCAGCGUGCGGUUACUGCUCAGCAAAGUGUAUACCGUGCGUGUGGCCUAGGGGGAACCAGAGUCUGCCCAAGGGCUACGUGGUGCCUCCUGUGGACGAGGCGUUGGUGAGGAAGAGGAGAGAGGAGCAGAGGGCUCGCGGCGUGGAUGGCGACGAGCCAGCAGAGCUGGCGGACGAUAGCAGCUCCAGCGAUGACGAUGACACAUACCCCUUGGUGAUUGAACAGGUGAUAAACUUUGAUGAUGUUGACGGCAAGGAGGCGGACAGAGACGCUGGGCAGCAUGAGGUUGUGGAGCUGGAGGUCGAGAAGCUGCCCGUGGUGCUGGCUCACGAGUCCCUGCCGCUAUGGACGCCUAUUGAGGAAUCAAUGACGGACACCUUCAUCAGCGUAGGCGCAGGCGCGUUCAUAGCGGCGCUUGCUCCUCAGUACACGCACCCUCUGCUCAAGACAGAGAACACAUGGACGCCACUGGUCAACAAGCAUCCAAUCAUGUUGCAAGUGGCCGAGUCGUGUGGCUGUGCGUUCCUCUCGAGCUGUAAAUCUGGGCUGGAUCCCAUAGCAGAGGUCAAAUUCUCAAACACAAUGGAUGCUCUGAUAAUGUACAUGGCACAGGCAGACUUGUGUGCUGAUGACCACCUGUGGAUAGGAGCAGCGUUCCAGCUGAUGUCCAUAGGUGCCACACGGGUGAGAACGUUCAAUCCGCACCACCUCAUGUUGUGUCUACAGUACUCUUACAUGUUGAUAGAGAACAAGUACAUCACGGAGAAGCCUGUUCUUAUGAUCGAAGGGGGGCCUGAUUCUCCACCAAAGCCUGGAGAACUGGACGUUGACUAUGAAACAGACGCACAGAUCAUGGACCUGGAGAACAGCAUCGCAUGUUCUGUCGACGUUUCGUUAACAACGCGGUUUGAAAGAGGAUUCUUAGAGUCGUUCAUAUACGGCUAUGGAAUGUGCAUACUCACGGGAACUGACCAUGCUAUCCAAGGCUUGCCGGGGCCUUUUGAGCUGUUCUACCACCUGAGGAAGGUGCUCAAGCACUCGCUGGUGCCCUGUGAUGUCUCCUGGAUGAACCAUCCGGUGUUCGGCUCGUCGUUCGAUGCAUUUGAAAUGGCAAUCAAGGCUAGCUAUCUGCUACGGAACCAGAGCGACCCGGAGUCCUUGCCCAUGGCAAAGAAGUUGCUGUUGUCAGCUUAUCAAUACCCCAAGCCAAGUAUAGCAGGUGAAGCACAUGUUAACAAGUCCAAACUAUCAGCGUUGCGUGAUUCAGUGCUGCUUACAGAGGCAUUUCUCAAAUGUGUCAAGAUCCUUCUCAAGAAGAUUAUAGACCCGAACUUUGAUCUUAGUAAUGACUCUGUCCAGAGAGACGUCACCACCGCAAGGAUAAAGCUAUCACAGAUAGAUAAAGACUCUGGAGUACGGUCCAUUUCGCCGAUGUGCUUGUUGAUCAUUGGACUGUCUGCUCUCUACUAUGAAGAUAGAGAAGUUAUCCUGGAAAACAUCUUUGGAUACUCCGAUAUCGUUCGUGCAAGGUACACGUUCUCCAUCAUCGAUGUCCUUGAGAUUGCUUGGGGAUAUAGAGGUGAUUUGUACAGCACUGCGAGAGGACUUGAUGUUCUCAUGGAUGAUAAAGUCAUGCAACUAUUGGUGUUUUGA